AUGCUGCCCGUGAUCGAGCGGGCCCUGGGGAGGCCCUGGGACGAGGUCUUCGCCCUCGUCGAGCGCGACGCCGUCGGCGCGGCGUCCAUCGCGCAGGCGCACCGCGCGACGCUCCAGUCGGGCGAGGACGUCAUCAUCAAGAUCCAGCACGACAAGAUCGCCGUGAAGAUGCGCGCGGACCUCUUCAUCCUGCCCGUGCUCCAGUCCAUUUUGGCCCUCGGCGCGCCGAACCUCGUGUCGUCGAUGAAGCCCCUGCUCGUCCUCUGCCGCGAGAUGGUCACGCAGGAGCUCGACAUGCGCAUCGAGGGCUACAACCGCGAGCGCCUCGCGGCCAUCUUCGAGCGGAGCGACUUCGACGGCCGCCACGCCCACGCGAACGUCGUCUUCCCGAAGGUCUUCUGGGAGUGGACCGCGGAGCGCGUCAUGGUCCAGGAGCUCGCCGUCGGCGCGGUCUCCCUCAACGACGUCGCGGCGGUCGAGGGCGCCGGCGUGCCCUACGGCGUCGCCGUCGACGCCGUGCUCCAGUUCUUCUGCGAGUCCGUCUUCGUCCACGGCUACACGCACAACGACAUGCACCCGGGCAACCUCAUGAUCCGC